AUGUCUGAUCUACCAUCCAAGAUGAAGGCGCUCAGGUACUCCAAGCCGGAGGAAUACGAUGUUGUCGAAGUCGAUCUCCCCAAACUCCGAGACAACGAUGUCCUCGUCAAGGUCAAAGCCUGCGGUGUCUGUGGUACGGACCUACACAUCCACGAGGGUGAAUUCCUCGCCAAAUUCCCCCUUAUUCCCGGCCAUGAGACGGUCGGUGUCGUCGCAGCUCUGGGCAAGGGCGUGAAAGGCUUCAAGGUUGGAGAACGAGUCUGUGCAGACAACUCAGAACUCUGCGGAGAAUGUUUCUACUGCCGUCGCGGCGAGCUCUUACUCUGCGAGAAUUUCGAAGCCCAUGGUGUCACCUUGGAUGGCGGGUUUGCAGAGUAUUGUGCUUAUCCUGGUACCUACAACCAUGCCCUCCCUCCACCCCCGUCAAACGUGCCCCCCCAUUGCAAACAAACUGACAGGUCCUCCUACCUAGCCGGCCGGGUCUUCCCGAUCAAGAACCUCUCCGACGUCGACGCCACCCUCCUCGAACCGGCCUCCUGCGCCGCCCACGGCCUCGACACGAUCGCGCCCAAGAUGGGUUCCUCGGUGCUCAUGUUCGGCGCCGGUCCCACCGGUCUCGUGCUCGCCCAGAUGCUACGUCAGAACGGCGGUUGCCACGUCGUCAUCGCCGCACCCGAGGGUCUCAAGAUCGACCUGGCCAAGAGCCUCGACGCGGCGGACGAAUACGUCGCCCUCAGCCGCUCCGACCCGAAACCCAUGUUCGACAAGAUCAAGUCCGACAACCCCUACGGCUUUGACAUCGUGGUCGAGGCGACCGGCAGCGUCAAGAUCUUGGAGGAUGCCAUCAACUACUGCCGGCGCGGCGGCAAGUUGGUCGUCUACGGCGUGUAUGCGAACAAGGAUCGCGUCAGUUGGCCGCCGAGCAAGAUCUUCGGUGACGAAAUCACCAUCCUGGGCUCCUUCUCCGAGACGUACAAAUUCCCGGCCGCGAUCGACUAUCUCGACAGCGGCAAGGUCAAGGUGCAUGGCAUCGUCAACAAGACGUUCAAGCUCGAUCAGUGGAAGGAGUGUCUGGAGGCCAUGCGGAAUAAGAGCGCCAUCAAGGCUGCUAUUACCUUUGAUUAG